AGCUCGGCUCGUGAUUGGCCACUGAGGUUUGACCUGCCAAAUCUCAGCCAAUCGGCUGUGUGAAAUUCCGGGCUGAACCACAGACCUGCAGUAGUUAGCAAGCAGGCAAGCAAGUCAUUUGUUGGCUUCAUGGUCAGAAGGUUAACAGCGUUUUGCUAAACAGUGCAAGACUCCGGUCACAUUGAAAAGGUUCAGUCCAGUGCUUGGUCAGCACAGCUAAAUGGCAGCGGUACAGGAGGGGCCGUGGAAAAGCCUGAGCUCAGGGAAGAAGGUGGCGCUGGUUGCAGGCCUUUCUGUAGGGGCCACAGUGGGCUACAUCAUGUACCGUCAUAUUCGGAGCAGCAGUGCUCAACAGCAAAAGACGGAACAGUCCAGGUUUUCUGUGCCCCUUGACGUGUAUAGAUCUAUUGCAAGGCACCAGAGCACCUUUCUGGAUCUAAUAAGUCAGAAGUCAGGAGCUCAGGUGAAUGUGCUUCCGAAUUCAGAGGAUCAGAGUGCUGUGUGCUUCUUGCUCCAGGGCACACCACAGCAGAACCUCUUGGCCAAAUGUGCUCUGGAGAAACUGGCCAAUGACAGCGAGCUCAUCAACGAUGUCUUAGAGGUGCCACAAACUGCCUUCGGACGAAUCAUAGGUCGUGGAGGCGAGACGCUGAAGUUAAUUAGCCGAACAUCGGGAGCUCGGGUGAACUGCCCACGUGAGCGAGGUCUCAGCUUAGAGGAAAAGGGCAAGGUUAUGAUCACGGGGACACGUCAAGAAGUGCAACGUGCUAAGGAAUUGAUCAUGGAGAAGGUGAUGGAGAAUGAGACGGUACGAAAACGGAUCAGCCAGUCCUCUGCUCUGCGCCAGAAAAGGAAAGCCCUAGAACUAGAGCCAGUCCACAGAUCUCAGGGCCCAGACACUGAGCUCAUGCAGCACAUGAACGGAGACGAUCUGCUCUCUCCACUGACUGAAGUGGGACUGAUUCAGGCCAAUGGCUCUAAUGGGUUUGCCAGCAGCGGGGACCACACAACGGAAAAUUCGCUUAGAUCAGAGGAAGAGGAUAUUUGCUCACCAGCUUCACCACUGGAGUACUCAAAAUUUGAAAUCCCCAGUCCAGACCUGAGCUUCCAGCCUGGUGAGCAUUUGGAGGUGUACGUGUCUGCAUCAGAGAAUCCCCAACACUUCUGGAUCCAGAUCAUAGGUGUGCGAUCUCUUCAGCUGGACAAACUGACUACUGAGAUGAGCCGUUUCUAUAAUGGAGACACCUUACAUGAGCACAGGGUGGAGGCUAUAGUCGUAGGGGACAUUGUGGCCGCUCCUUAUCAGGACCACGGCACAUGGAAUCGGGCUCGUGUGUUGGGCGUCCUGAGCUCUGGUUUGGUUGAUCUGUACUACGUGGACUUUGGGGACAAUGCAGAGCUGCCACGGGAUCAGUUACGCAGCCUGAGGAGUGAUUUCUUGAGCUUGCCCUUCCAAGCCAUCGAGUGCAGUCUGGCAGAAGUGCAUCCUGCAGGAGAUUUUUGGACAGAGGACGCUUUGGAUGACUUUGAGAGAAUGACAUACUGUGCUCAGUGGAAGCCUUUACUAGCCAAACUGUGCAGUUACUCACACACUGAGAUGUCUUCCUGGCCCAGUGUAAAGCUGUACGAUAACAGCCAGGGAAAGGCUGUGGAUCUGGGUGAAGAGUUGAUUCGCUUGGGCCAUGCAGUGAGCUGUCAGGAUGAGGGGAGCGGGCUGAGAGGAGAUCAUGACGAGCCAAGGUCUCUGCAGAAGUUGUUGGAUGACAUGACCGGGGCCACCUCAGAGUUGAGUAUGUCCUGCAUAAGCUUGUCAGGUUCUACAUAUCCAUCAGUGACAAAGCAGUUGACGUGGUCUUCUUCAAGCUGCCCCAGCUCUGUAGAUGUCGAGAGAGCUGAUGUAGACCAGAAUUCCUCUGACGGCCUCAUGCCUCCUUCUUCGUCGCUUCUCUACUCCACACCGUCUCUGAGCCUGAGUGAGCUGGUCAGCCAUGUUAUCGAGUCCUCAGGCUCAGUGCUGUCUCCGCUGGGCUCAGAUCCAAGACUCAUUCCUCACCAGAGCCUCAUGAGCUGCUCAGACCUUCCAUCAGCAACACAAGUAAAGCAGAUGCAAGAGUUCUCAUCGGUCACAACAUCCUCCUCAUCUGCUGUAGAUGUAGUGACAUCAGCACUGGAUUCCAUCAUUCUGAGUGACAACGUCUUCUUUGGGACAUUCUCCAGCAGCAGCAAUGUCACAUCUUCUUCAGAGCUGAUGGAACCGGAGUCUUCUCUCAGUACCUGCAGUGAGUGUGUGUGUAGCAGCAGCAGCAACAGUAGUGAUGGAAUAAGAGGUGUCUGGUAUUACCUUACAUCCUCUCGGGACUCCUCUGAGUUGUCACUCAACACCACCAUGCCCACAUCAUCCACAGCUUCCUCGUCCUCCCGUCCAACCUCCUCGUCCUCCUGUCUGACUGAGUCUGAGGACACGACCCCUGUGACCUCCUCCUCUGUAAUCCAUCUCAGCUCUGACCUGUCUUCAAGUGCUGACGAUGCUGAAAUGACUGAUGGAGAUCCAUCUGAACCAAGCAAGUCUCUCCAAAAGUGUAGUGUCUCCUAUGUGAGUGAAUGCAGCAGCGGUGAGAGUGAUGUCAUUUACAUUGGCGCUACUAAAUCUGUGUCUGACCCUUCUGAUAAGGGAGCUAAUAAUUCUAAUGAUUCUACAUCAAAGUCUAAUGUGAAAAAGCAACAGUUGUUAAAAGGAAGUACCAAUGAAUUGAGUGAACACCUUGCUGAAGUUGUAAGAGAAAAGAAGGAGAAGGAGGAGGUCUGUGAAGAAGCUAUGCUAAGAGAGAAGGUCCUGGAUCUUGAAAACAGGAAGGCGAACAGUGGAGACGUAUCAGUAAGAGAAGUCGCCUCAAUAUCUGGAAGUGUAGAUGAUGUUCUUGAAGAUGAGUUUAACUGAUAAUAUACCAAAGUCAACAUGUAUUGAGACCACCUGUAGACACUCUGCUGGCAUGGACCUCAUGCUUCCUAUCUGCAAACACAAGCCGUAUCUGACUGUGCUAUAUGUUCUGUUUAUUUCUUUUUGGCACUUUGUUGUCUGUUCUAGAGUUACUGUCAACGUUACAGAUAUUGUUUUACACACUUCAUACUGAACUACUUGAGAAGAGUUAACUGAUGACCAGAUGAGGAGUGGUGCUCAGGGACUCUGACAGUGUGAGCUAUGGAAAGGAACCUCAGUAUUAUUCUAGUUGUGCACUUGGGUGAUUAAAUCGUUUUUAUGGAAGUUGUUUGAAACCAUUUGUAAUUAAUUUACUGUACCUUUUGUUAUUUAUGUUGUGCAUUUCAGGGUUUAUUAACAUGCUCGCAAACAUAUAAGGAUAUGAAUAUAAUAAAAUAGAGUAUUAUUCUAA